CUUUCCCACAAAACAAAACAGUUCCUUUGACUUUCUCUCUCUUAAGCCAUAUCUAACCACCCAAUAAUAUGUGUUAGGCUUACGGAUUCCACCAUUAUUCUAUCAUAUUCACACGAAACUCGUCUCGACUCUAAUGAUUCUACUCGACGAUCCAAUAAAACCCCCAUUACAAUUCAAAUCCUUUCCCCGUUCUUCAAUUCUUUGAGAGCUUCAUAUUCAAUAAUGGCCAACCAAGAAGGGGGAGAUUUGGUGACUCAGCUUGUUGACUUGGUCAAGGAAAUCUCAGGGUUACCUGACUGCAGAAACGCUGUAAGGAAGAUGUACGGAAAUUUGAUGAGGAGAGUGAAGCUUUUGAGCCCUUUGUUUGAGGAACUCAAAGAUAAUGAACCACAACUUGAUGAUGGUGAUCGUAAAGGCCUGCAGGCUUUGAGAAAUGCUUUGAAUUUGGCUUUGGAACUCCUCAAAUUAGUCAAUGAUGGCAGUAAGAUUUUUCAGGCGCUGCAAUUUGACAAAACUGCAGGCAAGUUUCAUGUUGUAACGACACAGAUUGAAGAGGCACUGAGCCAAAUUCAUUAUGAUAGAUUCAAUUUGUCUGAGGAAGUUCAUGAACAGAUAAAACUUGUGCACGGGCAAUUUAGAAGAGCGAAAGGGCGAAUGGAUUCACCUGAUUUGCAGCUUCAGAGAGAUUUGGCUAUGGUGAGCAAGGGAAAUGAUCCUGAUCCUGAAACAGUCAAAAGACUAUCUGAAAAGUUGUAUCUUACAAUGGUUAAUGAUCUAAAGAGGGAAUCGAUUGCAAUUCAUGAUAUGGCUAUAUUAAGUGGUGGAGAUCCUGAAGAACGCUUUGAGAUGAUGUCGUUUCUUCUCAAGAAAAUCAAGGAUCUUGUGAUGUUGGGAAAUCCCGAAGUUGAUACAUCGGAUGGGGAAAAGAGUAUGAAGCAUCGAUCUCCUGUUAUUCCAGAUGAUUUUCGGUGCCCGAUAUCUCUUGAAUUGAUGAAAGAUCCAGUGAUUGUGUCAACUGGGCAGACGUAUGAGAGAUCAUCUAUUCAAAAAUGGCUUGAUGCCGGACACAAAAUGUGUCCGAAAACUCAGCAGACGUUACUACACACAGCAUUGACUCCAAACUAUGUCUUGAAGAGUCUAAUUGCUUUGUGGUGCGAUAGCAACGGUGUUGAGCUACCAAAAUCUGACAACAAACCGAGACGGACCGGUUCGGAGUGUGAUCGGACGGUGAUCGGCUCGUUACUCCAGAAGCUUGUGAUCGGGGACUCGGAUGAGCAAAGAUCAGCUGCUGGUGAGCUUCGAUUGUUAGCAAAAAGAAAUGCUGAUAACAGAGUAUGCAUUGCUGAGGCUGGUGCUAUUCCACUCUUGGUGGAACUACUAUCGUCUCAUGAUGGUAGGACUCAAGAACACGCGGUUACAGCCCUUUUAAACUUGUCGAUAAACGAGGCAAACAAAGGCAUUAUUGUGAGCGUUGGAGCUAUACCUGAUAUCGUAGAUGUUUUAAAGAACGGAAGUACAGAAGCUCGAGAAAAUGCAGCCGCCACUCUUUUCAGCUUGUCGGUUGUGGAUGAAAACAAAGUCGCUAUCGGAGCCGCCGGUGCAAUACAGCCUCUUAUCAAUUUGCUUCAAGAUGGGACUCCUCGAGGGAAAAAAGACGCUGCUACCGCGAUUUUUAACCUCUGUAUCUAUCAAGGAAACAAGGUUCGGGCAGUAAGGGCAGGGAUCGUGACACCAUUGAUGAGAUUGCUUGAAGAUGCUAGCCAUGGGAUGAUGGACGAGGCGUUGGCUAUUUUGGCUAUACUUGCUAGUCACCAUGAAGGGAAGAUGGCUAUUGCUGAAGCUGACCCAAUGCCAGUUUUGGUGGAGGUGAUACGAACGGGGUCAGCCCGGAACCGAGAGAACGGUUCUGCGGUUUUGUGGUCUUUAUGUGCAGGUGAUGUUCGUUCUUUAAAGAUGAUGAAAGAACUUGGAGCAGAAGAAGUGUUGAAGGAAUUGUCUGAGAAUGGAACUGAUCGAGCGAAGAGAAAAGCUGGGAGUGUAUUGGAACUACUCCAACGAGUAGAAUCUGUUGAAACCGUGAUUGGUUCUUGACAUUUUGGAACACAUCGUCGUGGUUACAAUGAACUUAUAUACAUCAAGACAUCCGAUAGAAUGGUGAUUUCUGCUACUAAACGAUACAGAAAACGUAAAGGUAUGAUUCAUUUAGACCAGGCUUGUUUGUAUGUCAAUAAGUUCUAAACUGAUCAAGUUUCUUACCUUGUUUUUCCUUUUGUAUCGUGUUUGUUAUUUGUUCUGUGAAUAAUAAACCCUUCAAAAGAAACAUGAAAUUGC